AUGGUUGUGAAACUGAUCAAAUGCCUUGUAGUGGGGGGUAAUGCGAUCUCCGCCUUUCUGUCGUGGAGACUGCAGGCUACCAAUGCCUGCGAUGUGACUCUGGUCUGGAAACAAAACUAUGAAGCCGUGGCGCAGUAUGGCAUUACAUUCAAAUCAAAAGCUUUCGGGAACGAGCGAUUCAAACCUCGCUACGUCAUUCGCAGCACAGAUGAAGCUCCCUCAAGGGAGCACUCGUAUGACUACGUCAUUUUGUGCGUCAAAGCUCUCCCCGACCUGUACGAUCUCGGCGACAUCAUCCACUCCGUUGUUACUCCGGAACACACAUGUAUUCUUGUAAACACUACAACCACUCUCGGCGUGGAGUCUGAGUUGGAGCAUCGCUUCCCUACCAAUGUCAUUCUCUCCCUCGUCUCAGGGGUUGACAUCGUGCAAACCGGCCCCAGCGAAUUUGAACACACCGCGUCUAGUGACCUCUGGGUUGGCCCUGCUACUACCACUGCCUCCAUCCCAACAGCAAUUCAGAAUGAUAUGGCUACCGCUCUGUCGAUCACAUUGAGCACCGGCCAGGUCAACUGUAAAGUUUCUCAGAACAUUCGACAACAGCAGUUUGAGCGAAUGAUUGGACCUAUUGCCUUUCACCCUGCGAGCGUUGUGUUUGAAACUGCCAAUUAUGCCCAGCUUCUGAAGAAAGUUGGAGUGCAGCAUCUGAUAUCCGAUGUUAUUAACGAAUUAAUGAGUCUCGCUCAAGCUCUUGGCUGUACUUUUUCUGAAGAUUUUAAUGAGACAACCAUCGCAAAAAUGACCGCUCAGCCCGAAAAUCCCAGUACCAUGUACCAAGAUUUCUUGGCCCGUCGACCCAUGGAGGUAGAAACCUAUCUCGGAUCCCCAAUCAAGCUCAGCAUUGAACAUGGCGUGAAAAUCCCCCGAAUCGAAACACUCUAUGCUAUGCUCCAUCACAUCAAUACUGUCAACCAAACCCGCCCGGCCCACGAGCCUGCCUCGCCUGUUGCAGCCCAUCCUCCUCGCAUGUCGUCUGCUGGCCGUCCUCCUAUGAAUGCACGUGGUGGCGCGCGAAAUUAUUCCUCGCCACAGGGAGCGCCUCAGCAAAGACGCGCUGCUUCGUCGAUGGGCAAUCACCGGCCGCCUAACGGCCAUCCUCCGCCCCGAGGUCCACCCAGCCAGCGCGAUCCGUCAGCAGAGGAUCAUGGCCUGGAGGAAUUCAGCCACCUUGUUCUCUACGAAGACGCACCUGACGAAUCACUGCCACAGGCCAACAAUCACGCUGGCGCUACUCCCAACGGAACACCUUCCACUGCCGAUCUGGCACUCAGAGAACGCGAACUGAGAUUACGACAACGAGAGCUACAGCUGAGAGAGCAGGAGUUGAAUAUGCGACGUAGUGCACCUAGCAGGAGAAUGUCAACGGCUCGUGACAACUUUGACGACGGUGAUGAUGGCGAAUAUUUCGACGCCCCCCCGCCAAUGCCUCAAAUCGACCCUGACAACUUUGACAUGAUGAGCGUGACUUCCCGGAAAAAUAGAAAGGUAGUGAAUAAUAACGCCGGGCAGUUUCGCAAAAAUCCAGAAAUGGGCACCUCCCGCCCCCCUUCAGCAUUUAGCCGCGCCUUCGGCAUGAACAGAAAUCGCACCAGUGCUCGAAUUGUCGAAGAGUUUCCAGGAGCGCAUGACGCAUUACUUGAUAAUGCCAUGCUCAACUAUUCAUCAAAUAGAUAUGGAAAUGUUGAUAGAAGGGAGAUGCAGGCCGAAUCGCGAGCGAAUUCAUUGACGGCGAAUCGGAUUAACGAACUCGGCCAGGCAGUCGGACACGGGCCAUAUCCUCCGCCGAGUAGACGAACAAGCCAGUCCCCUGGCCACAGCUUUAACCCGGCCGGUCGCGGCAUGGGCCGCAACGCAAGUGCGAUGGAUGGUUUCAACGGAACCCCGAACGGAGCGCCUCCUCCCAACCGCCGAAGCCCACCGGGAAUGAUGAGAGCCCCAAUUCCAAGACACCCUCCUGGGCAGGGCAAUGGCAUUAUGCCGCAGCAAGUCGAACAGCAUGUUGGGGUGAGCAACUCGUAUCCUGCCAAAGGGCAUCCAAACGUUCGAAGUCUGACAGGAAGUGCGAGCGCUAGCGCGGGGAGUGGUGAUAGCGGUGCCAGUGCGAAUAUCGAUUCCGGAACGUCCGCUCACAGCAGCCAAAGCAGCCUGCGUCCACAUCCCGCUUUCCGGAAACCGAAGGCACCUUAA